ACGGGAUAGAAAGCAUCACAAAUGUUUUAUCUUACAACAAAUUUUUUGAACUGCGUGGGUCGAAAUUAAUUAAUUAAUAAUGCGUCAUCGCAAACUAGUCAAUAAUUAAUUAAGUUAGUAGCUACAUAAACACUUCACUAGCUAUUUCUCGUCAAUUUAGAGUUAAAAACUACUCCGUAUUUGAUAAUUAAAGUUAAGCAAUAAUGAAGGCACGGCAUCUAGUUUGUCCAGGAAUCUUUCUUUUAUGCUCAACAACAACAAAAUUAAUUAAGAAAGCUUAAACUCAGGCUCAUAUAUAUCUCCUCCAGCAAAGGGCAAGCGCAGCAGAAUGAAAUCUUCAACCAUAGUGAAGCAAGAAGAAGAUAAAAUCCUUUGGUUCAACAAUGGGUGCGCAGGCGAAGAGGCGGCGAAAAGGCGAUACAUCGGCGUGAGGAAGAGGCCGUGGGGGAAAUUUGCAGCAGAGAUUAGGGAUUCAACAAGGCAUGGAGUGAGGGUUUGGCUGGGCACAUUCAAUACUGCAGAAGAGGCUGCUUUAGCUUAUGAUCAAGCUGCAUUCACCAUGCGGGGCGCCUUAGUUCCUCUCAAUUUCCCCUUGGACAAAGUUGUGCAAUCGCUGCAGAAGAUGAAUUUCAGCUGCAAGGAGGGCUCCUCGCCUGCCAAAGCCCUAAAGGAGUCGCACAAGAUGAUCAGACACCCAUCAUCAGCUUGCACAAAGAAGAUUGAGGAAGAUGGUGAGGAUGUUGUGGUUUUUCAAGAUUUGGGAUCUGAUUUGUUAGAUCAGCUUUUAUCUCAGACUCAGACCUCUAAUUCUGAACCAUUGUGAUUACAUCUUCUUUCUUUUAUUUUAUUUUAUUCAAUCAAUUUUAUUGCA